UCUUCUAAUCCAAAGGGUCGAUAGCGCACUGUGGGGCUUCGAAGCGCAAAAGCAACGGGACAGAACAGCCUAGACUCAGCGGCUGCCUCAACGUUUCUUCGAGGUCUCUCCAUGGAGGCAACGCUUGUCGGCUCGCAUCACUUCCAUCCCCUCCUCUUUCCCAUGAAACCCACAAGAAUCCGAGGUCGGCAUGCAGAGAGGGGUCUACAUUUUUUCCAUCCACUGUUUGCUAAAACCCAAGUUUCUCUUAAAGCAAAUCAUUUGGGACCCAACAGAAUGCAUUUUCUGUCUCCAAACAAACCUUUCUUCUCCAAUGCAAACCAGAAAUUUCCUGUCAAUUUCUCAGAUCAGAUCCGAAGUGACUAUGUGAAUGCUGGAUCAACAUCGACAAAGAGUCAAGAUCCUAAAGUAUUUCCAGUAAAGCCUGAUGAUGGAGCAGAUGCUCUCCAUUUGCUUGAUGCCAAUAACUUUAAGUCUUUACAGUCCAGAACCAAAAUGUUUAAAAAUAGGUUUUUGGAUUUUGUACGCCUAAGUUCCGUUAUCAAUAAUGCUGCUGAGUCAUUUUUCAAGAGUGAGAUACGUCGGAGGUUAUUUGUGACAGCUGUACUAAUUAUAGUUAGUCGGGUAGGAUAUUUCAUUCCUUUACCGGGAUUUGAUAGAAGGCUGAUAACUCGAGAUUACCUUAUCUUUGGCUCAGGAUCUGCUAGGGAUCUUGGUGAUUUCACAGCAGAGCUUAAGCUGUCCCUCUUCCAGCUCGGGAUCAGUCCUCACAUAGUGGCAUCAAUUAUCAUGCAGGUACUCUGUCAUGUCGUUCCCUCCUUAGUAAAGCUGCGGAAAGAAGGCUUAGAUGGCCACGAGAAGAUUAAGAGUUAUAUAUGGUGGAUAUCACUAGGCUUUGCGAUACUGGAGGCUGUGAUAAUUUCCUGUUACUCACUUCAAUAUUCUAUUUAUGCAGCUAGUCAGAGGGUGAAGCAUGUGAUGGUGACGAGUCUUUUAUUGGUCUGUGGUACGAUGACUAUGACAUGGAUCUGUGACACCAUAACAGAAUCUGGAUUUGGUCAAGGUUCAUCUCUAAUUAUAUGUGUGGGAAUAUUAACGGGCUACACAGAAACAUUAUAUAAAAUGCUGUCUCAGCUUUCAGGAAGUGUUGUCAAUUGGUGGCCCUAUAUGCUAGGACUAUUGGGUAUUUUUACCGUGGUCACUAUGUGGGCAGUUGUGGUAACUGAAGGUUGCAGGAAAAUUAAGCUGCAGUAUUAUGGUUUCAAACUUGCUUCUGCUGCAAGAGAUGACUCCCCAAUCACAGAAGUGGAGCCCUAUAUCCCUUUUAACAUUAAUCCAUCAGGAAUGCAGCCUAUCCUCACCACCUCUUAUCUUUUGGGAUUUCCCAGCAUUCUUGCAAGUGUGCUUGAAUCACGUUUCUGGGAGCAUGUGAGUCAGAUAUUGAACCCUGAAACUUCUCGUGGUGCAGAGCCUUGGGUUUAUUACUCAAUAUAUGCAUUUUUUGUCUUCCUAUUAAAUAUAUUUGACAUUGCUAACUUGCCAAAGGAGAUUUCUGAUUACUUAAAUAAGAUGGCUGCACGGAUUCCAAAUAUAAAACCAGGAAAGGCUACCAUAGAAUACCUCUCAAAGAUUCAGGCAUCGACACGUUUUUGGGGAGGCCUUUUGUUAAGUGCUUUAGCGACCACAUCAACCAUACUAGAUCAUUACUUACGCCAUAUAAAUGCUGGAUUUGCAAUUGGUUUUACAUCCGUUCUAAUCAUUGUGGGUUCCAUUAUUGAGCUUAGAAGAUCGUACCAAGCAUAUAAUGUAAUGCCAACUUUAAGCAAAGCUCUAAGACGGUAUGGCGUAUGACUUUCAAAGAGGCCAUGUGCUUCAUUUUAUGGUGGUUCCCAUGUUCGCGCAAAAACUUAAGAGGAAAUCCUGCUUAGUUGAGAAAGUUCCAGAUCAAAUGCGGAAGUUCUUUUCAUUGUUCCAAAGAUUCUCCAGAAAGUAAUGGGUUUACCAAUAUUAAGUGCGAAUGAAUAAUGUCUAGAAAGAAGCCGGGAUUCUCGUAUCAUUACUUUCUUCGGGAGUAGCCGACGUGCAAUAAGAGGCAUAACACAGUCACUUUGGCAGUUUAAUGGUAUUGCAGAUUCUGAAGCUUGAUUUUUUUGACAUGGUUCAUGUAUGAUGUAUCUUUUUGAUUGAUGUUUGGAUCCCGGGGGAGUUUAAACUGUAGAGAUAUACGGCCCUAAGUACUGAACUGCUUGUUUAGACUUCAGAUUCUAAAAGCUGUAAUGUAGUGAAACAAUUAUAUGUGAAAUAUUGAGUUUUUUAA